UUGUAGUCAAAGAGAAGAAGAGAUGUUCAAGUGAUGUCACCGUUUUGUUUUGUACCGUGGAGACCCGGGCAAGAUGGCGAGCUCCAAGGUGAAGCAGGACAUGCCUCCGCCGGGAGGUUAUGCCACCUUCGACUACAAGAGAAAUCUACCCAAAAGAGGACUCUCGGGUUAUAGCAUGUUUGGCAUUGGCAUCGGCCUCAUGUUGUUCGGCUACUGGAGAAUUUUCAAGUGGAACCGUGAGAGGAGGCGCUUGCAGAUCGAGGAGCUGGAAGCCAGGAUAGCUAUGAUGCCGCUACUGCAGGCGGAGCAAGACCGCAGGAACUUGCGGAUGUUGAGGGAAAAUUUAGAAGAGGAGGCGAUUCUCAUGAAGGAUGUUCCCGGGUGGAAGGUGGGCGAGAGCGUCUUCCACACAGAUCGCUGGGUGGCCCCCAUGUCAGAGGAGCUCUUCAACCUCAGGCCACGGGAAGAGUUUUUACAUAAGCGCUUUGGCUUCUUGUGGUAUGUUUAAAUCAUCCCACUUCCUCGGCAGCAUGUGGAUCCAACGCCCGUGGCAUCGUCUACUUUGUAAAUGUUCAAUAUUAAACAUGCAUUUUUUUUGUUCCCACUUCCUGGCAUUUUGUGUGUCUGUGUACAAACUACUUUGACUUAAGGACUGAGCAUUUUGAUGGGCUCACGUUUCCCAUGCGCCUGUAAGUUAACAUUUCAGGCCGGGCAGGUUAAAUCGAUGAAAGGCUAAAAAUGCCUUACUAUACAUGGUUGUUUUUUUUUCGGCAAAAAAUGCCUUACUACACAUGGUCGUUUUUUUCGGCUAAAAACGCCUUACUAUACAUGGUCGUUUUUUUCGGCUAAAAACGCCUUACUAUACAUGGUCGGGUUUUUUUCGGCUAAAAACGCCUUACUAUACAUGGUUGUUUUUUUCGGUUAAAACGCCUUACUACACAUGGUCGGUUUUUUUGGGCUAAAAACGCCUUACUAUACAUGGUCGUUUUUUU